AUGUCUGUCAGUGACUCUAAAAAUAGCAACAUAAUCUCCUUGGCGUGGACCAGCAAAUUGGACACAGCCAAGAGAUACCUGCACCGUUUCCUCGGCAACCGCGAGGAGGAGGAGGGAGUGGUGGUUGAGAGGGUGGAAGAGGUGUACGACCCGUUCCACAGGGAUGUGUCGAUGGCAGAACUGGCUGAGGCUAUUGCUAAUGCCAACAAUAUACUCAGUGNCCACGACACGAGCCAGCUGAAGCUGCCAAUCCACGACAGGUUGAGGAAGAUCUCCAGCAAGUGUGAGGUGGAUUUUGAGGACAACACCUUACACAACCGGGUCAGACGCCGCACAUCCUUCCGACAGGAUCGGGAUCACCUGGAGGGGGAUGGCGGGUCACGUGACCAGGACAAGACGGACAGCAUCUUCUAUGGCGGCGGGAAAGCUGACCAGUACAGGUGAGUGAGUUUGCAGCAGCAACAACGACAAUACUGACAGAAAAUGAACAUCUGUAACUGCAGCAGCAGUGGCAGUACCACGUGCCACCUCCUCCACCAGAACAACAACAACAACAGAAUCAACAACAACAUCAACAAUUAUACAAUAACAUCAAUAGCAAUAACAACCGCAAUGACAUUGACUCUUUUGGUACCACCAAAAACAUGACCGUCAACGCAAGAAAUAGCAGCCACAACAACAGAAAAACAACAACAACAACCACACCUCCAACAACAACAGCAGAAGCAGCAGCAGCAGCAACAACAACCAAAAGAAAGAAGCAACAACAACAAGAACAACAACAAUGUGAUCACAAGGUUUACACAGUGUUUUAAGGGACAUAACUCUCGUAUGCUGUACGCAGAAUAGUAUUAUACAUGGAUGGCCUCCCCUGUUAUUGAUCAGCCCUUUGAUUGGAUAACACAAUUACUAUAACAAAAAGAAAAGGAAAAAACAAAAACAAACUAAUGUUCCUCAACCCAAAUCAAACAUUACCAAACAAAACAAAUGUCCCUUUAACAAAACUGAGGUUUCCUUAAAAAAGACAAACAAAACAGAAGCA